AUGUUUUCUCCUGCGGUCGCCGAAGGUGGCCCAGCCACGGCAACACGCUCUCGCCGUCGUCAACGCCCCAAGAGCAGCGAAAAUCUUGUUCCUCAGCCAAAAGCAAAGCGUCAACGUAUACCACUUACCGAACAGACCUUUGUAAACCCUGAUGUUCACCCCGAGGUCGUCAACGCAAAGCCGCUCAGGAGCCCACCCACGCCCACGCCCGACGCAUUGAUGCCCGAUUCGAACAUUGAGAAUGUCAAUCCUGUACCAAGGAAAGAGCUUAAUGUGCGAACCAGAAAAUCAAAGCAUAGCGACCGUGCCGUCCAGAAAGGCGAUGGAAGCCUUGUCUUGACCAGCACCAAUGCCUACACAGUCAGCAAGCUACCAGCAAUUCCGGACAGAAUUCGAGCCGACUGGAAUAGCCCACAACACGCUGAUAUCUCUUCGUCAUUCGGAUAUGCCCUUUCAUUGACAGCAACACAUGCCAUGGUCUGGCCAUAUAACUCGACAUCACAAUCCCCCGAAACGUUUACAUUUACACUCCCAUCGGCAUCCAAACCGUCAGACCCUCUCCCAGUUGGCUCACUUGUAUCACCCUCGGCCUCUUCUGUCGAGCCUGGCCUUGUAGUUGUGAUGGCUGGCAGCGGCAAAGUUGUCUUUUGGGAAUCGAUAUCUAGCGCCGCUACAUUUGCUUUCAUCAAGAAGGACCGCUCUGGUGUUGAACAUGUCAUCUCUGGCAUGUCAUCGGGCGAAAAGGUGGUUGGUAUUACCAGCGCAGAAUCUGCCGGCUUUGUUCUCACUUUCAACUCUGGUCGACUUGCAUACAUGGCUGUUCGUGAUGGUCAUGGAAAACCUGCCAUCUCUACACAAUUCCUGCGAACUAACCUGACACCAUCCACCAGCGGAAUCUUUGGCAGUAUCCGACACGCGUUUUCUAAUCUGUCGCUACGAGGCGAGAUUGCUGCCGUGAGAGCGGAUCGAUCCACCCGAGUUGGUGAGCGCAACGUCGUCGCGCUUACUUGCAAGGGCAAGCUACAGGCUUGGAGAAUCCAUCGUGGUGGCCACAAUGAUCACAUUGGUGAAGCCGAUAUUCGGGAUCAGCUCGUUGACGCGUUGCGAGAGUCAGAUCCUUUUGCGAAAGACUUCCCAGCUGACUCCUUCGAGGCCGUUGAUUUCACAUUUGUGCCAAAGGGUUUGGAAUCGAAAUAUUUGGAACUCAGCCGACUUAGCGAUGCCAUUUCUUCCGAGGAUGCCUCUGAACAACACCUGCUACUACUAGUAAGCCUUACAAGACGCAGCACAUCACGUUACGCUAUGAUUGAGGUCAUUCUGAACCCUAAAGGCUGUUCCAUUGGAAUGAUCCGCCCUAUUACAUCCUACACAACACCAAUAUCUGCAGCUGACUCGCCACCAACCACCCGACCUCGAAUCUAUCUUCCUCGACCUGCAAUUGUGGCCUUCGCUGUCUUUGAGCGAGCUACAGUCAUUGCUUCACUUGCCCUCGCCCCCGAAUCACCUGAUUCUCAAUUACAAUCAGAUAACAACAUCCUGCCGGCUUCAUUUGAAGAUGUCAUUGACUUUAGGGAAGAUAAUCUUCAUGAGACCAUUGGCUCCGGGUUUGAAGAAAUGCCCUCCGCAGCUGCAGAGGAAGCUCGUAUUUUCAAGCAAAAGGCCAAGAAUCCCGCUGUGCUCCUCUUCGCACGGGGUGCUGGCGUUAUCCGAGUAGUCACCACUGAGAUUGACAAGUUCGCCAGCGAACACCCACCACAAGUGUCAGCGAAGAGCAAACUGGAACAGACAGUAUUUUUUGGUGCCAAGGCUGACAACCCACUCAUCUUUGAUGGCCGCAGAGAGACUGCCUUCUCCAAAGAGGAAAUUGGUGCCGCCGCAUUGGAGAUCAGCCAAGAAAUUCUGAGCUCCACUACAACAUUUAUGUCAACACUGCCUGCGUCACUAGAGGAUAACUUGAGAGCUCGUGCGGAUGCUUUGGAGCGAUUGAUGCUUCACGUGCGUUCAAUUAACGCUGAGAUCGAUCGCAAGACACGCUGGAGUCUGCUGUUCAAUGCUGAGAAGAUGCAUGUCGCUGGCCUACUCUGGAAGCGCCAUGAAGCCUUUACAGCGGCUAGAGCUGCCGGCGACAAGAAGAGUCUAAUUGCCUCCAUCGUUGAUUUCAUCCAUCAGGAUCAAAAGACAAACCCCAUUGCUAAAAUCGGUGAGGUUGAUCCAGUCAGACAUUGGUUCAUCAAUGACAUCUUCCGCAUGGAGCUGUUUGUUUCAUGGGCGUACGAGGUUAUCAAGACUUUGUACAAGGAUCAUUUGCUAGACGAUGUUAAGGUUACAUUGAUGAUCUACGAAGCAAUGCAGAUCAACACAACCGCACACACCGGAGCCCUCGAAUUCCGAAAGACAAACCUUUCAUUCUAUGGCCUAAGCCAAGACAAGCUACGCCUCGGUAUCCUUCGCGAAGGCUAUGAGGGAUUGCCAGAGCCAUGGACAGGUUCAUACUUUGUCUCAAACAACUUGAAGCGCUUGGUCGACCUCUCCGACAACUGGAUCAACAAAUACCACUCUCUUCUUACUGAAAACACCAAGGCCCCCAAUGUUCCUAACCCAGACAUUAUCCGAAAAAUCUUCGAUGACCUCCCCCUUUUGACGGAUGCCAUGCUCACCUCUGUGCUCGAGUAUGCUAGAUGGGGAAUGACUAGUUCUGAGCAUAAGUCGAUUGCGCAAAACUUUGCUAAAUCUUACCAUGGCGACCGAUACGACAAGCCUGUCCUCUUGGCUCGUCUUGGAAAGUGGGAGGAGGCUGCCAAGAUUGCUGAAAAGCAUGAAGCACUCAAUGCGCUUGCAGUCAUUCUACUAGAAUACGUCGCCAACCUGGAAGCGCAGAUUCUUGAGCCUGGACUAUCUCCCACCGAGAUGCAGAACUUCAAGAACCUACGUGAUGCUAAGAGAGCCCAACUAGAGGACCGAUUCGCCAAAUACGGAAAAGAAUUUGCAUUCCCUGUAUAUGAAUUCUUGCUGGAAAAGAACGGCGUCGAAGCUGUUUUGGAGUUCGAUCUAGAAACGCUGGGAUUCAAGACACAAUUCUUGCGUAGUAAGCCAGAAUUGGCUCGCAUUUCUUGGAUUAACGAUGUGGAACAAGAGAACGACAUCGAACAUGCGGCUGAAACCUUGGUCAACUUGGCCUUUACCAAAGAGCAACAGACAUGGAACAAAAAGAUCGAGCUUAGUCUUGGUAAGCUGGCGCUCCUUGCCGAAGCAGAGGCGCAGAGCGAGAAGGGCAACAUGUUCAAGGUCAAGGUUGAUGAGACACGCCAAGAAGCGCAGCUGGAGAAAGUCAACCGUGAACUCAUCACCGUGCGCAUCCAGAACCAGCUUUACAACCAAAUCUCCUCGAGCACUUAUGACGCUGUAGAUGAAGCUGCUGCUCUCAACUUGGCUGUUGAGGCUCACGGUGAUAACAUCCCCCGCAAGCAGAAGGCACUCCUUCAAGCAUUUGAAGGUGCCAUGGAGCGCCUUCUCAAGCAUGAAGCUUUGGACGCGAUGACACUCAUUGAUCUACUGACUUUGGUGUCCUUUAAGCCUGAAGCCCGAGAAGAGAUUGCACACCCCUUUUGGCUCGCCCUCAAAGUAGCGGAGAGUAGCUGUCACGCUGACGAAGUUCGCGAGGCCAAACGCCUAAUCUGGCGCCGACUCUAUAUUCGGGAUGACUGGUCCAAGAUCAACGAUACCAAGUUGAAGGAUGAUGAAGCGGUUGUUGCGAGACUAGCCGAAACCGAGCUGUAUGCUAUGUUUUCAGACUGCGUUCAAUAUCAGGAUGCUCGCGACCCUUUUAGGCCCAUGGCACCCAAGGAAGCCAUUGGUGCUUUCUCGGAAGAGCUUGACCGCCGAUUCCGUGAUAUUGGUGCUGAUUUCCAGUCCAAGCUUGUUGACGGAAUGAAGGCAGAAGACAAGCUUCUUAAGUCAUACAUUGAGAAGCAUCGCCUGGGUGACUGGGUUCGCACAGCUUUGGAGGCAGCUCAAGCAGAGGUUGCUGCUAUCGCCGAGGAGUCUCGCAUUGAGUAA